CGCGACUUGACCACUCAGAACCCUUCUUUUGCGUGGAAGAAAGCCACCGCCGCUAACACCAUGAUGAUGCAACCGCAAAUUAUCCUGCUUAAGGAAGGCACAGACACGAGCCAAGGCAAAUCGCAAUUGAUUAGCAAUAUCAAUGCGUGCCAAGCCAUCAUGGAAAGCGUCCGAACAACGUUGGGACCUCGCGGUAUGGACAAGUUGAUCCACAAGGGAACCAAAACGACCAUCUCGAACGAUGGGGCGACGAUCAUGGGGCUCUUGGAUAUCGUGCACCCUGCUGCCAAGACGCUGGUCGACAUUUCCCUCAGCCAAGAUGCGGAAGUUGGGGAUGGCACAACGUCUGUGGUCCUUUUGGGUGGCGAGUUCCUUCGCCAAGCCAAGCCGUUCGUCGAAGAAAACAUGCACCCGCAGACGAUCAUUAAGAGCUACCGCAAGGCGUGUCAAUUGGCCGUGCAAAAGAUUCGCGACAUCCAAGUACACGUGUCCGAAACAGACUCGGUCGCGUACCGUCAAAUGUUGGAGCGUGUGGCCGGCACUGCGUUGAACUCGAAGCUCAUCAGUUCGCAGAAAAAGUUCUUUUCCCCCAUGGUCGUUGACGCGAUCUUGAGUCUGGACACAGACAUGGACAUUAGCAUGGUCGGCGUCAAGAAGGUACCCGGCGGGUCGGUCACCGACUCGUUCUUAGUCAAAGGCGUGGCGUUCAAGAAAACGUUUUCGUACGCCGGAUUUGAGCAAAUGCCCAAGUACUUCAAGAACCCCAAGAUUCUACUGCUUAACGUCGAGUUGGAGCUCAAGUCGGAAAAAGAAAACGCCGAGGUCCGCUUGGACGAUCCCUCGCAAUACCAAUCCAUUGUUGACGCCGAGUGGAACAUCAUUUACGACAAGCUGGAGAAGUGCGUCAAGUCGGGAGCCCAAAUUAUCCUGUCCAAGCUGCCCAUUGGGGAUUUGGCAACACAGUACUUUGCCGAUCGCGGUUUGUUUUGCGCGGGCCGUGUCGCCCAAGAUGACAUGGAGCGCACGAUGCGUGCCACGGGCGGGCUGAUUCAGACCAGCAUCCAAGACAUCACGCCAAACGUACUGGGAUCAUGCGGUGUGUUUGAAGAACAACAGUGCGGGAACGAACGAUACAACUUGUUCACGGGCUGCCCCAAGGCCAAGAGCGCAACGAUUGUGUUGCGCGGCGGUGCGGAGCAAUUCAUUGAAGAAGCGCAUCGAUCGGUGCACGACGCGCUCAUGGUGGUCAAGCGCACGGUCGCCACGUCCACGGUGGUGGCUGGUGGUGGGGCCAUUGAAAUGGAGCUGUCGCGCCACUUGCGAGAGUACUCACGCACGGUCGAAGGCAAGGCGCAGCUCCUGAUCAACGCGUUCGCCAAGGCAUUUGAGAUCAUCCCUCGCCAACUGAGCGACAACGCUGGCCAUGACUCGACUGACAUCCUCAACCGACUGCGACAAAAGCACUUCAAGGACCCCGAGACGGGCAAGUGGUUUGGAGUCGACAUCAACUCAGGUGGCAUUUGUGACACGUUUGAGUCGCAUGUGUGGGAGCCUGCGGCCAACAAGAUCAACUCGGUGGCGGCGGCAACAGAAGCGGCGUGCUUGAUCCUGAGCGUCGACGAAACUGUGCGAAACCCCAAGUCGGAGCAGCCACAAGCCGGUGUCGGCGGUGGUCCAGGCGGCGCGCCAUUGAGUGCCGCCAUGGGUGGCCAAGGCAUGAAAGGCCUUGGCAUGGGCGGCCGAGGCGGUGGAUUAGGCAAGGGAGUGCGUGCAUUCCGCGGCAAGGGUGGCGCAUAAUCAUGAGUUAGCAUAUAGGACCAAUCUUCUUUUUGGAGAUAAUUACACCACACGAUUUCAAUUUGAAGUCUUGGAUCAAAACAAAAUGUGCUGUUAC